AUGGGAUUUGGUGAACAACUCUUCAAUUCGGUCAAACGGAUAAAUCGACGUUCCGUGGCCAUCCGACCACUGCACACUGAUUCCAUAAUUUCCCUCAUAGUCAAUAUUCAGCGGAACGACAUCUUUCGGCACAUCGCUUUCCUUCAAAAGCUUCUUCCCCGUAAAUUCAUCGACGCACUUCGAGCACUGACACUGCAUUCUCAGUACAAUCAAGGAAGCUCUCCUUCAAGCCACUCCUCACUCACAUUUCAUGCAUCAAAGAUAUGUUUUCUCGGAUCGAUCUUGACUUCUUCCGCGCUGGUCGGCGAGAAUUUUCGCAUCACGAUUCCUUCAUCCUUCUUAAACGACACGUCGAAGGUCGUUCCCUGA